CUUUUUACCUUCUAUUUACAUUAUUCUCGAAUUUCUGAUUGUCUCCUGCUCACACCAAUACAAUUUUGAUAUCAUCUAGUCUUCUUCAUUGAUUUCACACAGCGACAGACCCAUCAUGGCGCAUGAUACCCCUGAAUUGCAGUAUGAACAUAGUUCGAAUCUGAUCACUAUCUCUCGCCUUUCACAACAAGCCCCUCGAAUACUUGAACAGCACUCUCUAAGUGGUGAUGGUUUUCUAGUUGCACCAUUUCUGAAACCCCAGUAUCAUGAGUCAUAUGACUUGUUGGAGCAACUUGCCUUUGCAUGCUUACAAUCAGGGGAUGAUAGAUCUGCUCUCCUGUGCAUUGAUAGACUAGCGAGCCGAUUCGGUUCUUCAAAUGAAAAGGUGACAGCAUUACGAGGCUUGCACGAAGAAGCUACUGCAGAAGAUCGCGCAGCUUUGGAGGAGUGUCUGCACAAAUACAACGCUAUACUGUCGAGUGACCCAGUUAACCUACCGAUUUUAAAACGCCGAGUUGCCCUUCUGCGGUCGCUGUCUAGAGAAGUGGAGGCCAUUACGGGCUUGAUAAGACUUCUGGAUGCUGUUCCAACAGAUUCGGAGGCGUGGUGUGAACUCGCAGAUUUGUAUCAAUCUCAAGGGUUGAGUUCACAGGCAGUUUUCAGCCUCGAGGAGGCACUGUUGAUUGUCCCGAACGCUUGGAAUGUACAUUGCCGGCUAGGAGAGGUCUUGUAUUCCUGCGCCAGUUCGACUGACGUAGGAAAAGCUUGUCAUCUUUUACGCCGAUGCAUUCGGUAUUUCUGUCGAAGUAUCGAACUCUGUGCCGAAUACUUGAGAGGCCUUUAUGGUCUGUUUGUCGCAACAUCACUCCUGCUUGAGAAAAAGACGGACUACGAAGAAGAAUCAUCAGCCUCCGCGAAUUCCAUGUCAACCGAUACGCUGAAAAGCCUCAACACAUUUGCAAGGAUGCGUCUCGAGGAAAUCGUGGCUCGACGUUCGUCAGAUCAUCACUUAUGGGGGUACGGUCAAGCUGAGCUUAUAGCCGUGAAGGAGCUUCUCGAUCGCUACAAUCGCGCUAGCGAUUGAAUGCAACCUAGCAUAUGGACUUAAAUAUGCUUUAGUGAACACCAGGGCCAAACUGAUCUCUAAAGGAACUAGUGUCUCGCUCACUAGAUUAAUAGCGAACGUAGAUGAGUCACUUGAGUCCAGGCGCC